AUGUGGGCGGCACCAAUUGCAAAGUACACGAAAAAUAUGUACCGAGGCCGGGACAUCAUCACCUACCGCAAAAGCAUGGUACUGUUUCUCGCGAAGGCGCUCGAGUCCGAGAACGUUGGCCCGCACGGAAUGCUGUGCUAUAUGGGCUGGAGCGUGUUCCGCCAGCUCGUGAAAUACACUGACCCCGGUCAACUGGUGCAGAAGAAAAACCCCGAAGAUGUUUGUUACAGUCAAGCCAGCAGGCUAAUGGGGUACGCUAUCACCAGUCGGUUCUACCAGUCGGUGGUCAGCAAGACGACACUCAUGGAGGCCAACGAAAUGGCUUCCAAUAUUCGCAAGGCCUAUCAAGCAGCAUUCCGAAAGUCAAGCUGGAUGACGGGGUCUGUGCGCGAAACCGCGCUUAAGAAAAUCACGAAUAUGCGGCAUCACAUUGGUAUCGCUGGAGCACUGCUUGAUGACGCCUAUGUGGAGAACUACUACGCGAGCUUUCCGGACUUGCCCACUGACCGCUUCUUCAUUGCUUGGCGGGAGGCAGCAGCAGCCGCCAUUCACCAAAUUUGGACCGACGCAACAAUGGUGCUGCAUGGGGAGAGCACAGCGAACGCGCAUUACUUGACCAAAUAUAACACCAUGGUGGUGCCGGUAGCAGUGCUGCUUCCCGACAUGUUUUACACUGAAGGGCCUGCUGGCUUCAACUAUGGUAGCAUUGGCACGGUGAGCAUGCGCGUUGCUACGAUUGUCACCCGUUACUUCAUCAUGAGUCACGAGAUGAUGCAUGGCUACGACGUCACCGGAUCACAGUAUGACGAGAACGCCAAGCGGAGGCGCUGGUUGUCUCCUGAAUCAACCGAGCACUAUGUGAACAGCACGCUUUGCUUGCGGCACUUCCACAAGUAUGUCCUCCAGUCGAGGCAAGAAGUCCUAAACGAUACGCUGGACUCGGAGAAUAUCGCCGACUUUGGCGGAACACCGAUCGCCUACUCCGCGUUCACGUCGCUGCCUCCCUCAAAGAGAGACGCCACGUUGCCAGGCGUUGCCAUGACAGCGAAGCAGCUAUUUUUCGUCGGCCAUUGCACCCCAUGGUGCGAGACAAACACAACGGCCUCGCCGCCUUGGCUAUCCGGCCGAUUCCGCUACCCACCUGGCCGAUCUCGGUGCAUCGUGCCACUUAUGAACAUGCCCGAGUUCUCGGACGCAUUCCGCUGCAAGCAGGGGACGUACAUGAACCCGCCAAACAAGUGCAGCUUCUGGAUUUGAAAGUGGCACAAUUUACACGUUCAUUGCGUCAUUCUCUGUGUGUCAUUGUGGGAAAAUUUGAGGUUUUGUCGGCAGUCUGAUAGAUAAGCUUACCUUCCCUGCUGUGGUGCGCGUGCAUGAGUGCAUUCACUUGCGUGUGUGUUUCUUGCCACAUUGCUGCUGGAAGGAAGCAAAUGUUGUUUGAAUAACUAGCUUUGUGGUGGUGACAGCGGUAAUAGACAACUGCUUCAACGUCAACACCAUGCCACUUUUAGAGCUAUCUUGCAUCGAUAUGUCAGUAUCACUUUCACUUUCGCAAAAAAAAACGAAUAAAUAAAACACGCAGAAAAACACCGUCUCGGCCUUUGGUAUAUAUAAAGGCUGCCCGCGAAGUCGAACUGACGGAUUCUAAAUGUUUGCGCGUUCUCAUAUACCAGGGAAGCGCUGCUGCAAACUCGUGCAUACAUACACGCGAAAUGAAUAUCUGAUAACCGAAACAUAAAGGAAAACGUAAUACCGCGUAUAUCCCACAGCGUAGCAGCAACUCAUGUGAAGACAAUUUGCGUGCAUCAGGAGAAACUUC